AUGAAUCAGCAAGUCGAUGAAUCAGCAUCUAAACCAAAGCAACAACGUGCGAAAUGGUCCGAGCACCAGAUUACUUGUGCUGUGAGGGCUGUACAACGAAAUAUACUUUCCCAAAGAGAAGCUGCUAAAAGAUAUAACAUUCCACGAAGAACAUUAAGGAACCACUUAAAAACUGGCUCGAUGGAAAGGAAAUUAGGUCGAGCGGCCACCUUAACACCAGAACAAGAAGAAGAUUUAGUGGGUAGAAUAAUACGCUUGGCUGAAGUGGGAAUGCCUCUAACACCUAAACUUGUUCGAAAGCAAGCAUUUGUUUUUUGUAAAAAAAACAGCAUACCUAAUCGCUUCAGUGAUACUACUUCUACAGCUGGCAGAAAAUGGCUGAAACUGUUUCUAAAAAGGCAUCCUCAACUAACUCGGCGAAAAGCCCAAAUGAUGAACCCAUCAAGGGCCCAAAAGCUAAAUAAAUUUAUUGUCAGUGAUCAUUUUGAUAAAGUAAAAAGCUUACGAGAGAAACUUCAUAUUGAAAAUAGACCGGAAUGCCUAUACAACAUGGAUGAAAAGAGUUGCCGUAUAUCACUUCAUCAUCAGCAAACCGUGUUAGCCCAAAAAGGGAUAAAAAGACUGCAUCAAAUAGCUAACGAACAUGCAGAAAGCGUUACAGUAGUCGGCUGUGUAAAUGCUGUAGGAAAUGCUAUUCCACCGAUGAUUUUGUUUAGAGGCAAAAGAAUGAAACCUGAAUUUACUGAUAAUUUACCAGCAGGUUCAUUGGUUAAAAUGACUGCAAAGGGAUACAUGACACAUGAAACUUUUAUUGAUUUCAUUGAACAUUUGGCUAAACACAAAACUUCUGGAAAAUGUCUUCUGGUGUUUGAUGGAGCGGCGUGCCAUCUCGAUUACAGCAUAGUAGAAGAAGCUGUAAAACAUGAUAUAGCACUGUAUUGCCUUCCGUCAAAUACGACACACGAACUCCAACCCUUGGAUAAAUCGGUAUAUCGUUCAUUUGAGCACCACUGGGACCAAGAACUGUUAAAAUUCGUUUCAAAAAAUCCAGAUAGAAAAUUAAAUAAAUCAAGUUUCAACAUGAUUUUGUCGGAAGUCUGGCCAAAAUGCAAGACACAUGAUAAUAUCGUAAAUGGAUUCAAAGCUACCGGUCUUUAUCCAUUUGACCCCGAAGUUAUACCUGAAGAGGCGUUUGCCCCAUCUGCAUUAACAGAACUAUCUAUUCCAGCAAGCAGUGAGAACGUUAUAGCGUCCACCAGUCACGGUAUUGUACAGAACACAAAUAUUACCCAGAUGACUGGUUUAAAUGUCAACACAGGCUCUGAAUCUGAUUCAGACUCCGAUAAUAUCCCAUUAUCUGUAUUAAGAACCUGUGCGGUUUCUACUACCCCAAGCCAACUAAGUACGGAAGUUUUCGAUAUCAAUGACGAAAACCGCAACCCAGAGCAGCCGUCUUAUGAAGAAACUCCUGCUGUUGAUCCCUCAGUAAAACAUGACAGCAAUACAGUCGCGGCCAAGUCACCCUUUCAAACACUCAUUCCAACGCCAAAGAUCCUUAAGAUUAACACAGCUGCUCCACGAAAGAAAGCAUUAAAUUAUAGAGGACAACAAGUAACAAAAGAUCUAUUUGCAACAAGAAAGGUAAGUACAUCUUCUACUAGGCCAAAAGGAAGACCAAAGCCCUCCAAAGAUAGAGGUCAGAAAUCUGGAGUGACUAGAAAGAAUCAGCAGUCAUUAGCUGGGACUUGGUUUUGUCAUGCUUGCAAAGAAGAUAAGAUUUUGGACAUGAGGCAAUGUAAACUAUGUGGUGCAUGGUUCCACGAGAUAUGUGUGGGCCUUGAUGCCGAUGAUGAGGAUUUCGAAUGCCCUGUGGCAUGCAUUACAAACUAA